GUGGCUUCCAUGAAUAAAUCAUGGUCAAGCCCAACAUCUUAGGCAGCUGCUUACCAUUCCUGGAGCAAAUUAAACCUUAGCAGUUGAUCCAUAAAAGAAAGGCACCUUGAUGAUCAACAGCUAUUUUUCCUUGAUGUUCUCCAUGGCUAUGGUCUGUGCCAACGUGCAACACGCCUUCAUCUUUGCCAUGUUUUCGCGCUUCCUCAUUGGCAUCUCGAUGGGUAUUUUCUCGAGCGCGGUUCCCAUGUACCUCAUAGAGAUCAGCCCGGUCAAGUUGAGAGGUGCGAUUGGCAUGGUGCCCCAUCUUUUCCUAGUGAUUGGGGUCCAGACGGCCCAGAUUUUUGCCUUUCCUGAAAUAAUGGGCACUGUGGAAGGUUGGCCAGUCCUGGCGAGUUUCACAGGCAUAUUGGCCAUCUUCCAGAUCAUCCUCCUUCCUCCCUUCCCCGAAAGUCCGAGGUAUCUGUUGAUUCAGAAGAAAGAGGAAGAAGCCGCCAGACAUGCCCUGAAGGAACUCAGGCUCCAGAGCAACGUGGAGGACGAACUGGAGGAACUCCAACAGGAGGACCUCUUCGAGAAGGCCGAGAAGAAGAUGAAUUCCUUGCGGCUGCUGGGGUAUCGUGAGCUCCGUUGGCACAUAAUUUCUGUUAUGGUUGCGGUAGCCGGCCAGCAGCUUUCUGGUGUCAAUGCGAUAUACAUGUAUGCCGAGAAAUUGUCCUCGUCCAUAGGGUUGAACGAAGAAAAUGUCCGAUACGUCCAAAUCAUGACCAAUGUCUUGUUGACCGUGGGUGUCUUAUACGCGAUGUACAUUGUCGAUACUAAAGGACGCAGAGUUCUGCUUCUCAUCGGAUUUGGGAUGUCCACGGUCUUCUGCGUCCUGCUCACCGUGACCAUGGAGCUUCAGCUUCGGUAUGCCUGGCUGUCUUACCUUAACUACGUCUUCAUCAACGUUUUCCUCAUCGUGCACGCCAUGGGGCCGAGUAAGUAAGUGUGGGGGCCAACCUGUAGGUGCAUUAACUAGAUUCGCCCCCCUGCUUUCCUAUUAUGACUACGGCAACAGCAAAACCUUGCACG